AUGGAUAAGCUUUUAAUAAUAUUAACUUGUCUAAAUUUAAUUAAAAUCUCAUUUUAAGAUAUUUGCCCUUUUGACAUUGAUUUAGGCUAUUCCUCUACUAGUUGUUAAGGAUAAAUAGGAGAUUAGAAUGUUUUAGGAGGAGAAUAAUUAUUCUUUAAAAAUAAAGAUAAAUAUGAGUUGCUAAUGGUAGAUUAUGGAAGUUAAGGAUUGCUUGGAGUGUGGAAUCUUACAGAUGCUAGUCUUUUUUAUUCAACUUCAUAUUUUUCAGAUCAAAAAAUUCAAAUUCAUUCUAUUUUUACUGAUAAGCAAAUCAACAUUUCUGAUCCAUCUUUACCACAAACUUUCAUAUACAUAAUAGAUACCAAUUAUAAUGUAUAUUAAUCAAGUCUCUAUCAAUAGGAUAGUACAGCUAUUAAAUUUAACUAUGAAUUGGUAGAUAGUUAAUAGUAAUAAGUUUAAGUUUGUUACAACAUUAAAAAUAAUAUUUUGUACUACCCUAAAGAUAACUAUGUCUACCUUCGCUCGGUUGAAUAAUCUUCUUAAUUAUAAUUAGAUUCUGAUGGAAUUCAAUGCGAAAGUGAUUUUAGUUAAGACUACAUAUAUGUUCUUUCAUCUAAUAAUAAGAUUUACAUGAUAAGCUAAACUAAUUUUGAAAUUUAAAAUACAUUAUAAUUUUAAUUAGGAAAUAUUACUCGUUUGAAAUUCUAAUAAAGCUAAGGAUUAACAUUCAUAAGUUAUAAUAUAAGUGGAUAUUCUAUUUUUUCUUUGGAUUAAAGUUUUAAUUCAACCAAUUUACUUUUUUUCUCUCCAAAUUUGAUUAAUGACUAUGGAUUUUUAAAUGAUGGGUCUUUGAUAGUAUGUGGAAAUAAUUCAAUGAUUUAUUUUGGUUCUUAGUUUAUAAAUCCUGCUACAUAAUCGAUGGAUUAUAAUGAUUAUCAUGUGUAUGAUAAUCUUAAUGCUCUACGUCUUCAAGAUUUAAAAUUGAUAAAUUACACUAAACUAAUUGUAGGAGAUGAUUUCACAGUAUUUUAUGGAAAUUAAACAAUGAUAACUGUGGUAGUAAACGAAAAUAGAGUUAUACAACUUAACAAAUGCUUAGGCUCAUAAUUACUUUUUGGAGUUACUCCUAAUGCUAUUUUUGAAGGUUCCAUAUUAAAAACUCUAACAUCUAGUGGAAUGGUAUUUAUAGAUAUAACAAGUGGGCAAAUAAAAAGGCAUACAAGCUGCUUCUAUACAAACGAUGUUCCAAUGGAAUAAGUAGAAGGUCUUUACUUUGAUGAUGAGUUACUUAGAAUUUAUAUGAUUGAGAAUUAGGGGAAAUUAGGGUACUUUAGCUUUCCGAAGGGUGAAUAUCUGACUUAGUACUAUAAUCUCUCAACUUAAAGUAGAUUAUAAUUCAACAAGUAAGGUGACUAAAUAUAUAUUUGGCCUAUUUGGUCUCCUUAAAAUUAUUUAGUAAUAACAACGUAUCUUGAUGGAACUUUUUUACAAACUCUAAAUUUUGAUAAUGAUUUCAAAGUUAGCUAAGUAUAUUUUGACAACGAUUUAGAAAUUAUUUUAGUGAUUGAUUUAAGCUUAAAAUUAUUUGUUUUUAAUUCUAAAUAAUUUAAUCUACUCUACGAUUCGCCAAUUACCAAUUAUACUGUAUAAGUUUUUUAAAGUCAAUAUGGACUAAUUAUUGUGUAUUAAAAUUUGAUACAAAUGCUCACAAAAGGAUAGGAUAGUAAUCACUAAAUUUAAAUAAAUACUUUAAAUUUACAAAAUUAUAAUUCUAAUUAAACAUACUUUGAUACUUUUUCAAACUCAUUGAUCCUUUUUAAUGUAGUUGGUACUCUCUAAAUUGCAAUUAUAGAGAAUCCUUAAAACAUAAAUAUAAAAAGUAUAUAAUUUAUGUAAAAGUAAAAUUAAGUAUCUUAAAAUGUUUGCUUUGGAAAUUAAUAUUUGGUUAUUUUAAUGGCUUUUCCAAACGAAAUUAUCCUAAUUAACAAAUAGACAAAUGAUUUAAAAAUAAUUAAUUUUGCAUUUACAAUACCAAACUAGUGUAUACUAUUGCUUGAUGAAAAAUUACUCUUAGUUGUCUCUGAUGGAAACUAACUUAUUUUUAUUGAUGUUUAAUCUUAAAUUUUUUUAAAAAAUGAAUAACUUGAUUAAUUUAGUUCUACUGUUUCCUCAAUCUAAAUUGAUGAAGAGGAAAAAUUAUUAAUUAUUUUGCUUUCUACCAACCAAAUCUUUAGUUACGAUUACUCAUCUCUUUAACAAGUUUGUGAUUGGAUGGCGACUAGUUAAAUUACACUUUCUACAUUUUAGAUAAACACUUCUUAUAAAAAAAUUAUUUAUGGUUCAGGACUUAUGAUUUAUUUUAUUGAUUACACUUAGAAAAAAUUAAUGAAUCAAAUUUAAUUUGUAGAGAAAACUUAAGGAGGAGUUAUAGAUUAGUAAACAAAUAGCAUAUUUAUUUAUACUAAUAAAGUUUAUUAGUAUGAUCUUUAAAAGUAUAAUCUGAUUUUAGUAUCAUAAUUUGAACAUCUCCAAUAAAUAAAUCAAUUAAAUAUUAUUUAUGAAUGGAAUAUUAUUGUGACUUCUUCAAUAGAUAACACUAUAGCUGUUCAUAGUUAUCCAAAAUUAAAAUUCAUAUAAUUACUUUAGCAUGAUCCUAUUGAUUGCCAAAUUAUUAGUACUUUUGCUGUAGACGUAGAAAAUAACAGAAUAAUCUCAGGUUGCGGAGGAGGGAGUAUUUAUGUAUGGAAGAACGAUAAAUCAAUUAAACAUUUCUAUUUGCUUAAAGAUUAUUAAUAUUUGCUGUAGAUUUACACUGUCACUAGAAUUAUAAUUGAUUAAGCAAAUAACUUUUUAAUGUUAUUUGGAUUAGAUUGGUUUCCAUUAUUAAUUUAACUAAGUAGCAUAGAUUAAUAAGUUCACAUUAUUUAAGUUUUACAAGGAAAUGAUGGGGCAUAUGACAAGCAUAAUUAAUGUAUACUUACUUUUGACUAAGAUGGGUAUCUUUGGAAUUACAAUAUUACUUCCUAAAGCUACAUUUUUAGAAAACAGUAUCCUAUUCAUCAAGGUUAAGUAUAAUCUAUAGCUCUAGAUCCUAUUAAUUAAAGGUUUGUGAGCAUGGGAUUAGAUAAUAAAGUAUAAAUAUGGCCAUAUAAUUCUUAAAAUGCUCAAAUACCACUAUUUUAAUAUAAAAACAUAGCUUAAAUUUAAUAUGGCUAUUUAGAUUUAAUUAUUUCAUUUUCGAAUGAUUAAACAGUAAAAUUUUGGGAAUAUGAGUUUUCUAUUCAAAAUAGCUAUUUUUAGAUUAUACAUAGAGCAUCUUCUAUUAUAAGUUAUGCUUUUGAUGAAAACAAUAACAACCUAUAUUAUACUAGAUCUGAUGGUAAUAUUUAAAAGUGGUCUUUAAUGGAUUAACAGACAGUAAAUGGGCCUAUCUUUUAAUUUAAUGAUAGAUUUAAUAAUACAAUAUAUUUAAUAAACGAAGAUAUUUUUGUUAUAGCCACUACAAAGUAGAUUAAUUUAAUCUACAAAAAAAAUUUAGAAUUAAUUCAAAAAAUUUAAGUAGAAUGCUCUCAUAGUGUUAACAAUUUGGAAGUAUAAGAUAGUUACUUUGGAAUGUCAUUUAGUGAAAUAAAGUAAAAUAAGUACUUAAUUCCAGAUAGCUAUAUGAUAUAUACUAAUUCUUCCUCUAUUGAUCUUUUAAGCACAUUUAUGAAAAGUUAAUUAAGCAGCUCAUCUGUUGGCUUAAUAACGCUUAUUUCAAAUUAGCUUUAAAUAACAAAUUUUACUCUAGAAGAGAGUUAAUAAGAAAAUAUUUCACCUAUUGUAAUUAACUAAAGCUAAGUGAUUAUAGAUUAAUCUUAUUUUAUUUCAAAUAAACUUUAUUCUACAUAAUAUGGAGGAGGUGUCUUUUAUUUUGAUGCUUCUCAUGUUAAAAUAUAAAAUAGUUAAUUUAUAGAUAAUGAAGCUUAAAAUGGAGGAUCGCUGUAUUUUAUUGAUAAAUGUGAUUGUGUGCUAAAUAAUGUAACUUUUACAAAUAACACAGCAAGAGAAAAUGGAGGAGUUUUUUUGCUUAAUGACUCAAAUAUCUAAAUAUAGAAUAGUACUUUUGAAAGAAACAAAGCUUUAAUUGGAGGAAUAGCUAGAUAUUUGACCUCUAUACCCUUAUUCCUUAAAAAUAAUAGUAGCAAGUUAGUUAAAGAUUCAUGUGGUACCACUUAUUAAAAUAAAUGCAUAGAUAAUUAUGGUUAAUUCUAUGGUAACAAUUUCUGCUCUUUUCCAUAAAGUGCUAAAAUUAAUAAUCAGUCUUUACAAAAUGGAUCAAUAUAUGUAUUUAAAGAUGUAUAAAGUGGAACACAAAAUAAUAUUUUGAAAAUAAACAUCUUAGACGAAGAAGGAAAUUAAGUAAAAUUCUAAAAUUAAAAAAAUAUACCUGAUAGAAUAUAUUAAGAAUUUUCUUAAUAUUAUGUUGAGCUCUAGGAGCUAUAUUUGCUCAACAAUAUUCAAGAUUUAAGGUAAAUUGACUUGAAAUUAUAGGGUGCAACUAUUCAACCUUUUGAGCUAGAUGAAUUUCUUUUAAAUUAGUACUAAGUAUCAGGGUAAUUAGGUAAAAGAGGUAGAGCAGUGUUGUAAUUUAAAGGAUUCUACUUAUUUUCUAAUUAAACACAAGGGUUUACUGAUACUUUAACUAUUUAUAUUGAUUACAACUUUAGAGAUUGUUAAAUAGGAGAAAUAAUAUAAUCAGCUUGCACAUCUUGUUCAUUAGCUAACUGCUUAACAUGUUAAAAUGGUACAUAUUCUAUUGAAGAUCCAAAAUCAAAUACUAGUAAUAUGUAAUGCAAGCCUUGUGAUUACUCAUCAACUAUUUCUUGUUAAGGAAGCUAAAUAAAUUUAAAAUAAGGAUUUUGGAGAUCUGAUAAAUUCAGCGAUGAUAUAAUACCUUGUACUAAAUCGUAAAACUAUUGUAACGGAUAACAAGAUACUAAUUAUUGCUCUGAAGGUUUAAUAGGACCUCUAUGCUAGACUUGUGAUGUACUAGGAUAAUUUUGGAAUAAUUCUUAUGGAAAAAGCGAUUUACAAGUUAAUUGUUAUUAAUGUUAAUCAGAAGUCUUGAUUAUUGAUAAGUUAGGACUAAUUAGAUUAGGUAAUUCUGGUUAAAUAGGCGAAAAAAGUUUUUAUAGCAGAUUGAUGAUUAGAUAUCUUUAAAUCUUUAUUAGUAUUUCCAGUCUUAGUCCAAAACCAAUAUUUAACUUACAAAUAAUCUCAAUAUUUUCUCCCCUUUUCCUUUAAUAGUUAUUCCCUUAGGGUUCUUAUUCUAUGUUUUAAUAGUUAAACUAAUAAGUUAUUUCUCUAAACAAGAUAAGAACUCCUUUUAUUUUGAGCUCAAGCUCUUUUGAGUCUUUGGUUUAGAUUUUUACUUGCAAAAAGAUAGGUAAGGAGUCAUUUAUGAACUACUACUUAUUAGAAAAGUGCUAUUCAACCAAUCAUGUGAUUUUGAUAACAUCUAUGAUAAUGCCAAUGACAUUUUUAUGGAUAGUUUUAGUACCAGGAAUAUUAAUUUAUAAAAUAUGGAAAUAAGUAGGAAGUUACGAUGUACUUAGUAAAGCUUCUUUGAUGUUAAUUAUCCUCUACUGCUAUCUUUUGCUCUUACAAAAAUAUUAACCAUACUAAAAGAUUAAAUACUACAAAAUAGAUUUAUUUUUUUCUUAAAUUUGCUGUUUGCUAACAAUAUUAUAUAUCCUGCUUAAUGUUAUAGAAUAAGAUAUUAUUUUAUACCUUGGUACUAUUAUUGCUUAUAUUUUGCAAGUAGCAGCAUUUUUAAAAAUUGUCUUAAUUUACUUAGAUGUCUUAAUUAAGCUUAAUUAUCAUUUGUUAAAAAAAACUAAAGUUAUAUUAAUUUUAAAAGGGUGUUUGAAAAAGGAUUAAACAUGUUUCAAAUUCUUUAAAUCAUAAUUAAAAUAACAUAUGAACUCUCUUUAUUUAUUAAUCUACUGCACAGAAGACAAUUCGUUUAAAAAAUUCAACAAUUUUUAGCUUCUUAGACUUUCUAUCUAAGAUUAUAUUUAGAGAAAAAAAAGAGAUAAAAAUGCUCCUUUCUUUUCUAUUCCUUAGCCUAAUGAUGAAAAUAGCUUUAAAGAGACAAACAAUUUUACUUAUUCUACCAGAAAAACGCUUCUUUCCAAAAGGAUGAAAGAAAAGAGUAUUUUAAAAUAGAACAGCUCAUAAUUAAAUCCAAAUUAAAAUUCUUCAAAAAAAUUUUUGGUUUAGUUUAACUCAGAAAGCUAAUCUACAACAUAAAAUAUUAUUUUUAGCUAAUAAUUUAGUCCGAAAGUAAAUAUAAAGUUUUCUGAAUUCCAAAACAAAAAUCAAACAUAAUUUGAUUCAUAAACUAGUGAAAAUGUUAGUGAGUAAGAAGUAAAUUAAUAAAAUAACUGUUAAGCUAAAUAUAAUUUUAGAACAAGAAGCAAUAUCAAAAAUAUCAAUCAUGAUUAGUUUGUGCUAUUGAGUAGCCUAACAGAGUACAGAGAUUAUAAAAAGAAUGAUAAAGAUUUAGAUUCAAUCUUUAAUGAUAAACCUUCUUCUUAAAAAAAACAAACUCUUUAACCUGAUGAAAUUUUAAAAAUCAAGAUAAGAAAAGGAUAAUAAAUAAAUAACUAUUUUGUAAAAAUGGAUAAGCUUUUAAUAAUAUUAGCUUGUCUAAAUUUAAUAAAAAUAUCAUUUUAAAAUAUUUGCCCUUUUAAUAUUGAUUUAGGUUAUUCCUCUGCUAAUUGUUAAGGAUAAAUAGGAGAUUAGAAUGUUUAAGGAGGAGAAUUAUUAUUCUUUAAAAAUUAAGAUAAAUAUGAGUAGUUAAUGGUAGAUUAUGGAAGCUAAGGAUUGCUUGGAGUGUGGAAUCUUACAGAUGCUAGUCUUUUUUAUUCAACUUCAUACUUUUCAGAUCAAAAAAUUCAAAUUCAUUCUAUUUUUACUGAUAAGCAAAUCAACAUUUCUGAUCCUUCUUUACCACAAACUUUCAUAUACAUAAUAGAUAUCAAUUUUAAUGUGUAUUAAUAAAGUCUCUAUCAAUAGAAUAUUACAGUUAUUCAGUUUGAUAAUAUAAUGGUAGAUAAUUAAUAGAAAUAAAUUUAAGUUUGUUUCAACAUUAAAAAUGGUAUUUUGUACUUCCCUUUUGAUAACUAUCUCUGUCUUCGCUCGAUUGAAUAAUCUACUUAAAUAAAAUUAGAUUCUGAAGUAAUUCAAUGCGAAAGUGAUUUUAGUUAAGACUACAUAUAUGUUCUUUCAUUUGAGAAUAACAUUUACAAGAUUAGCUAAACUAAUUUUAAAAUUUAAAAUAAAUUAAAAUUUUAAUUAGGAAAUGUAACUCAUUUGAAAUUCUAAUAAAGCUAAGGAUUAACAUUCAUAAGUUAUAAUAUAAGUGGAUAUUCCAUUUUCUCUUUAGAUUAAAAUUUUAAUUAAACCAAUUUACUUUUUUUCUCUCCAAAUUAAAUUAAUGACUAUGGAUUUUUAAAAGAUGGGUCUUUGAUAGUGUGUGGAAAUAAUUCAAUGAUUUAUUUUGGUUCUUAGUUUAUAAAUCCAGCUACAUAAUCUAUGGAUUAUAAUGACUAUCGUGUGUUUGAUAAUCUUAAUGCUCUACCUCCGUAAGAUUUAAAACUGAUAAAUUACACUAAACUAAUUGUAGGAGAUGAUUUCACAGUAUUUUAUGGAAAUUAAACAAUGAUAACUGUGGUAAUAAAUGAAAGUAGAGUUAUACAACUUAACAAAUGCUUAGGCUCAUAAUUACUUUAAGGUGUUACUCCUAAUGCUAUUUUUGAAGGUUCCAUAUUAAAAACGUUAACAUCAAGUGGAAUGGUAUUUAUAGAUAUAACAAAUGGGCAAAUAAAAAGGCAUUCAAGCUGCUUCUAUACAAAUGAUGUACCAAUAGAAUAAGUAGAAGGUCUUUACUUUGAUGAUGAAUUACUUAGAAUUUACAUGAUUGAGAAUUAGGGGAAAUUAGGGUAUUUUAGCUUUCCUAAGGGCGAAUAUCUGACAUAGUACUAUAAUCUCUCAACUUAAAGUAGAUUAUAAUUUAACAAGUAAGGAGAUUAAAUAUAUAUUUGGCCAUUUUAGACUCCUUAAAAUUAUUUAGUAAUAACAACAUAUCUUGACGGAACUUUUUUACAAACUCUAAAUUUUGAUAAUAAUUUCAAAGUUAACUAUGUAUAUUUUGAUAACGAUUUAGAAAUUAUUAUAGUUAUUGAUUAAAGCUAAAAAUUAUUUAUUUUUAAUUCUAAAUAAUUUAAUCUACUUUAUGAUUCGCCAAUUACCAAUUAUACUGUAUAAGUUUUUUAAAGUCAAUAUGGACCAAUUAUUGUGUAUUAAAAUUUGAUACAAAUGCUCACUAAAGGAUAGGAUAGCCACCAAAUUUAAAUAAAUACUUUAAAUUUACAAAAUUAUAAUUCUAAUUAAACAUACUUUGAUACUUUUUCAAACUCAUUGAUUCUUUUUAAUAUAAAUGGUACACUAUAAAUAGCAAUUAUAGAGAAUCCUUAAAAUAUAAAUAUAAACAGUUUAUCAUACACGUAAAAGUAAAAUUAAGUAUCUUAAAAUAUUUGCUUUGGAAAUACAUAUUUGGUUAUUUUAAUGGCUUCUCCAAAUGAAAUUAUAUUAAUUAACAAAUAGACAAAUGAUUUAAAAAUAAUUAAUUUUGCAAUUACAAUACCAAACUAGUGUUUAAUACUGCUGGAUGAAGAAUUACUCUUAGUUGUCUCAAAUGGAAACUAACUUGUUUUUAUUGAUGUUUAAUCUUAAGUUUUUUUAAAAAAUGAAUAACUUGAUUAAUUAAGCUCUACAGUUUCAUCUAUAUAAAUUGAUAAAGAGGAAAACUUAUUAAUUAUUUUGCUUUCUUCAAACCAAAUUUUUAGUUACGAUUACUUAUCUCUACAAUAAGUUUGUGAUUGGAAGGCGACUAGUUAAAUUACGCUUUCUACGUUUUAGAUAAACACUUCUUAUAAAAAAAUUUUAUACGGUUCAGGACUUAUGAUUUAUUUUAUUGAUUACACUUAGAAAAAAUUAAUGAAACAAAUUUAAUUUGUAGAGAAUACUUAAGGAGGAGUUAUAGAUUAGUAAACAAACAGUAUAUUUAUUUAUACCAAUAAAGUUUAUUAGUAUGAUCUUUAAACUUAUAAUCUGAUUUUGGUGUCAUAAUUUGAACAUCUUCAAUAAAUAAAUCAAAUAAAUAUUAUUUAUGAAUGGAAUAUUAUUAUGACUUCUUCUUUAGAUAACACUAUAGCUAUACAUAGUUAUCCAUAAUUAAAUUUCAUAUAAUUACUUUAACAUGAUCCUAUUAAUUGUCAAAAUAUUAGCACAUUUGCUGUAGAUGUAAAAGACAACAGAAUAAUUUCAGGUUGCGGAGGUGGGAGUAUUUAUGUAUGGAAGAACGAUAUUUCAACUAAUAAUUUCUAUUUACUUAAAGAUUACUAAUAUUUGCUGUAGAUUUACUCUGUAACUCGAAUAAUAAUUGAUUAGACAAACAACUUAUUAAUGCUAUUCGGAUUAGAUUCGCUUCCAUUAUUAGUUUAACUAGGUAGUAUAGAUUAAUAAGUUGACAUAAUUUAGGUUUUACAAGGAAACGAUGGGGCAUAUGACAAGCUUAAUUAAUGUAUACUUACUUUUGACUAAGAUGGUUAUGUUUGGAAUUAUAAUAUCACUUCCUAAAGCUAUAUUUUUAGAAAACAGUAUCCUAUUCAUCAAGGUUAAGUAUUAACAAUAGUUCUAGAUCCUAUUAAUUAAUAGUUUGUGAGCAUGGGAUUAGAUAAAAAAGUAUAAAUAUGGCCAUAUAAUUCUUAAAAUGUUUAAAAACCACUUUUUUAAUAUAUAAAUGUAGCUUAAAUUUAAUAUGGCUAGUUAGAUUUAGAUAAUUAAAUUUUGAUUAUUUCAGAUUCUAAUUUUAGAAUAGUUUUACUUUCAUUUCCUUUACUGAAUGUUAUUCAAGUUUUUGACUAGCAUAGAGAUAUCAUAAAUUCUUUUAUAUUAAAUUAGAACUCAUUUUAAAUUAUUUCAUUUUCGAAUGAUUAAACUGUAAAAUUUUGGGAAUACGAGUUUUCUAUUCAAAGUAGCUAUUUUUAGAUUAUUCAUAGAUCAUCUUCUAUUAUAAGUUACGCUUUUGAAGAAGAAAAUAAUAGCCUAUAUUAUACUAGAUCAGAUGGUAACAUUUAAAAGUGGUCUUUAAUGGAUUAACAAGCAAUAAAUGGACCUAUUUUAUAAUUUAAUGAUAGAUGUAAUAAUACGAUAUAUUUAAUAAACGAAGAUAUUUUUGUUUUAGUCACUACUAAGUAGAUAAAUUUAAUCUACAAAAAAAAUUUAGAGCUAAUUCAAAAAAUUUAAGUAGAGUGCUCUCACAGUGUUAACAAAUAAAACAUAAUUGUAUGCGGAUAUAAUUAAUAAAUUACUUCGUAUUAAAUUAUUUAGAAUGGCAAUAAAUAUAAUUUCUUAAAAGUAUACCAGUAGUAAUUAGAUAAGCCGUUGUUUAAGCUUUAUAACAGUAUUUUACAUUCAACUGAAUUUAUAAUUAUAUUUGUCAACCACUCUAUUGUUUUUGUAGGAAGUUCAACAGGUUUGAUAACGAAAUAAUUUCCACUAAUUCAUCAACUAGCUAUAAUAGAUUUGAUAAUAUAUACAGAGAAAAUAAUUUUUAGUUACUCUUUUGAUAGUUAAUUAGUUCAAUACCUAGUCGAAGACAAUAAUGUUAAAGUUUAAAGAUAAACUCAAUUAGGAUAUCCAAUAUUUUAAGUUAUUGUAAAUUCUGAUUAUAUUUUAGUAAACUUGCAAAAUUUCAACUACUGCCAAAUCUAUAAAAAUGAUGAUUAAGAUUCAUUUACUUUAUUUUAGCUUAUUUAAACAGCAUCUCGCUGGUAGACAUAUUAGUAAAUUAUACUUUAACCUGAAUACUAAUUGAUUUUAGUGAGUUCUGAUUUCUACUAUAUUCUAUAUGAUUAUUAAACAUUUGAAUUAAUCAAUUUCUAUCAGAGCAAUUUUCUAGUGGAGACCAAUUUUAUGAAGAGGAGAGUUACUCUUCUUAAAAAUAGAUAAAUUUUUGUGUAAUCUGGGUAGACUUUUUCAGUAAUUGAUUAAAGUGAAGAUCCUGAAUAGAAAUAAUUGAGUGUCAUAUAAUAAUUUAUAAAUAAAAACUAAUUUUAUGAAAAUAUUUAUUUAUAAGUAUAAUCGGAUUACAUAAUAAGCGUACUUUCAUAUAAUUAUAAUGGUAUCAAUUACAUGAUGACAGAUAUCAAAGGUCAAAUCAAUUGCUAAUAUAAUACUAAUGAUGCUGAUUAUUUUUAGCUAUAAAAAAGACUUUAAUAAUAUUAGAAUUUGAGGAAAAAUAUUUUGAUAAAAAAUGAUGAUUAAACUCCGUAACAUUACAUUGAAAUAAAUAUGUAUGAAAAUUUUAAGUUCUAAGGAUUUCCAAUAGUAGAUUCUAAUGAAGAAUUGUAAUUUAUCCUAACAAUAAAUGGAACUAAUUAUGUUGAAGGAAUUAUUAAUUUAAAUUAGUUAAUCAACUCAUAAACGUUAUUAGAAAUAAAUUUUUACAAUUUAAUAAUUUAUUUGUAAGAAGAAGACCAAUAACAGCAAUAAUAACUAGGAAAUGUUUAAUUACAAUAAUUAUAAUUUUUUUCAUGUGAAAUUAUCUUUAACAAUAAAACUUUGAUUGCUUAAAAUCUGUUUUAUUUUAGUUUUAUUAACGUCAGUAUUACGAAUCAAAAUAUUGAAACUUCGUUAAUUAUUUAAAACACAUAAUAUUUAAUUCUAGUAGAUAAUCAAUUUGCUGAUAAUAAUAUAAAUACAAAACAAUUUGUUACUUUUAAUAACACUGUUGAUUAUUAUCAGGAUUCAGAAUUUAUUUUUAGAAAUAAUAAGAUUGUAAAUAACAAAAUUAAUUUGACUAAUUUCUUUUUAAUUUAGCAUGUGCAUAAAAUUACUAUAGAAUAAAAUGAUAUUUUUGAUAAUAUUAGCACAUAGCUCUCUUUCUUUUUGUAAACUAUAAUAUCUACAAAUAUUAUGAUUAGCUAUUUAAAUUUUAAUAAUAAUAUAAAUCUAGCAAUAAUUGAUGGUCAUUAUUUAUUAUAAUAAUCUCAAAACUAAUUAAUUAAUAAUUUGGAAUUAAAAAAUAGUUACUUUGGAUUGUCAUUUAGUGAAAUAAAAUCAAAUAAAUACUUAAUACCAGAAAGCUAUAUGAUAUAUACAAAUUCUUCCUCUAUUGAUCUUCUAAAUACAUCUAUAAAAAGCUAAUUAAGCAACUCAUCUGUUAGCUUAAUUACACUUAUUUCAAAUAAGCUUUAAAUAACAAAUUUUACUCUAGAAGAGAGUUAAUAAGAAAAUGUUUCACCUAUUAUAAUUAAUUAAAGCUAAGUGCUUAUAAAUUAAUCUUAUUUUAUUUCAAAUAAACUUUAUUCUACACAAUAUGGAGGAGGUGUCUUUUAUUUUGAUGCUUCUCAUGUUAAAAUAUAAAAUAGUUAAUUUAUAGAUAAUGAAGCUUAAAAUGGAGGAUCGCUGUAUUUUAUUAAUAUGUGUGAUUGUCUACUAAAUAAUGUAACUUUUACGAAUAACACAGCUAGAGAAAAUGGAGGAGUUUUUUUACUUAAUGACUCAAAUAUCUAAAUAUAGAAUAGUACUUUUGAGAGAAACAAAGCUUUAAUUGGAGGAAUAGCUAGAUAUUUCACCUUUAUACCCUUAUUCCUUAAAAAAAAUAAAAUUAAUUUCGUUAAAGAUUCAUGCGGUACAACUUAUUAAAAUAAUUGCAUAGAUAAUUAUGGUUAAUUCUAUGGCAAUAAUUUCUGCUCUUUUCCAUAAAGUGCUAAAAUUAAUAAUCAUGGAACGUAAAAUAAUAUUUUGAAAAUAAACAUCUUAGACGAAGAAGGAAAUUAAGUAAAAUUCUAGAGUUUAAAAAACGCCCCAGAUAGAAUAUUAUAAGAAUUUUCUUAAUAUUAUGUUGAGCUCUAGGAGCUAUAUUUACAAAACAAUAUUCAAGAUUUAAGGUAAAUUGACUUGAAAUUGUAGGGUGCAACUAUUCAACCUUUUGAGUUAGAUGAAUUCCUUUUAAAUUAGUACUAAGUAUCAGGGUAAUUAGGUAAAAGAGGGAGAGCAGUAUUAUAAUUUAAAGGAUUCCACUUAUUUUCUAAUUAAACAUAAGGAUUUACUGAUACUUUAACUAUUUAUAUUGAUUACAACUUUAGAGAUUGUUAAAUAGGAGAAAUAAUAUAAUCAGCUUGCACAUCUUGUUCAUUAGCAAACUGUUAUACAUGUUAAAAUGGUACAUAUUCAAUUCAAGAUCCAAACUCAAAUACUAGUAAUAUAUAAUGCAAACCUUGUGAUUACUCGUCAAGUAUUUCUUGUUAUGGAAGCUAAAUUACUUUAAAAAAAGGAUUUUGGAGAUCUGAUAAAUUCAAUGAUGAUAUAAUACCUUGCACUAAAUCUUAAAACUUUUGUAAUGGAUAAGAAGAUACUAAUUAUUGCUCUGAGGGGACCUCUAUGCUAGACUUGUGA